AUGUCUACUCCAAAGUUGCCUGGCCAAGGGCUCGGUGACCCAGUUCUGCUGGACAAGAUUGACCGGCUCCUAGCCUACAACCUUGGUGAAUACGUCAACUUGCCCCAGCUUGUUGUUGCGGGAGACCAAUCCAGUGGAAAAAGCUCCGUUCUUAAGGGGCUUACCAAGUUGCCGUUCCCCAGGGAUAGUGGACUUUGCACUCAGUUUGCUACUCACAUCAUCUUCCGACGGAUCAAAGCGGACAAAAAGAGGACUGUCACUGCCUCUAUCGUUCCAGCACCCGACACAGACCCAGAGCACGCUUCUCGCUUGGCAGCAUGGCAAGGAGCCAAUAUGGAAUCACUCGACCCCAAUCUUUCGCUGAAACCAUGGAAGAGGUAA